AUGCUUGUUUUGGAUUCUGUUCCCACUGUGUCUCCUGCUUUGCCUGAUGACGUCAAACAUGCUGCCACGCCGUCGGCGCAAGAGCCCCAACAUUCGGUCGAGGUGGUGUUGACAUCUCCCCCGACACAGGCAUCACAACAUGUUGACGACACUUCGGUGCAGACAGCUCAACGGAAACGGCUAACGCUCGCGGAGAUUAUUGCCGAUAAUCAAGCUGCAGAAAGUGCUACAGCCGGGGGUGUAGCUGCGUUGCUUGAACAGGACGUCGUGCUCAUUGAGGAAUUUCCAACCUUGCCUCGGACAAGUACGGGCGAACCGACACCUGCGACCGGAGACACUGCUACCAACAAACGGCGUAGGACUUGUGACGGUAGUAGUUCUGAGGACGAAGCCCACAGUACACCUGAAUCAAAGAGACAGGACUCGCAGGAACGUAGAUCUGAUACUAAGUUCUUAAAAGGUUCCGUUCUAGUAGACGAUAUUUCCUCUGGCAUGACACAUAGUGACUUUUCAGCUGCUGUCGCGGCGUCGCAGGGGACGGAUGGUCGGCCCUCCAACCAACCACAGCAACAGGUUCCGGUGGACCGACCGACAUGUGAACAGCAGGUCCCUGCAGGGGUUCACCACGGCGUAGACAGUCGUGAUAGUAAACAGACCACGCCUCUAGCUGAGGAUGCCGAACAGCCAACGGCGGCGGCUCGCAACACGGCAACACAACAGGAAUGUUGUCAUAACACGGAACGCGAACAUAAACAGCAGUCGGUGACGGAAAAUGUCAACACACCACUUCAUGUGGAGUUUGAUAACAAACGUGUUGACAGCGAAAGUACUUCCGCAGCUGGGUUGCCGCCGGAGGACACGCCGCGAGUGAUUCCGGCCGUAGUGUCGGGACCGUCGUCGGCCGUUGACAUUCCCCACGACCCGCCCACGCCGCCGUCUGCCGAGAUGGCUCAUAAUUUGGUCCGCGGCGGGUUCCAGCCGCGCCUUCCGACUUUGCUGCUGCCCCCAGGGCAGCAGCAGCAGCCGUCGCCGCUACCACGCCGACAGCCCGUCCCGUUGAUGCCUCCCGCGCAGCUUCAUCCGGGAGCGCCCCGGGUGGUCGCUCCGGCGCCUGCGGUCCCUCUUCAGUCGCCACCGCCUUCGGAGCUGAUGGACGUCGACCCCUCAGCCGGGCCGCCUUCCCAAGCGGUGGCUGUGCAGCCUGUCCUGCAGCCGCUUUCCUUGGGCACCCCCAAGGAGUCUGACCCCGCAGCGCCUUGUCCGGCGCCCACUCAGCAGCCGUCGACGCAGCGUCAGGAGACGCUGCCUCUCUUCGUGGGUCCCGACGCCUCGUCGCGUCCAGUACCAGAAGCUGCGCCCGUGGUCACAGGCCGGCCGACCACACUGGCGGCCGCGUCCGAACCUUGCCCGGCCGACACCGCCACCGAGGUACAGCCUGCGGCCUCCGCUGCCGAUCAUAGUCAAAAUGCCGCCGAUCAUCGCGAUCGUCAGACUGAUAACAUACCUGACCUCCCACCUGCCAGCCAGGUGCGCUUUGAAGGGGAGAAAACGUCAGCUCCCCACCAAAGUCGUCAGCAGUUGACGUCUGUAGUUCCUACUCCCACGAAAACACCGACUGUGCUAUCUGGUUCACUUUCCGGUAAGGUGAAAGGCUCCGCCAUCGGCGUCGAUACCGCAUCCGUCGGUAGCCCGACAACUUCUGGCAAAUCCAGUUUCAAACAACCGGCCGCCAGAUCUAAACGUGCUGCUCGGAAACAAAGUCAGGAGGAACUAGACGAGUUGGAAAGUAAGCUGUUCCGAACCCAGAAAAUCCUCAAGAAGACUUCCUCUGAAGUGUUGUUGCCCAACACAGAGGGGAACGGUACAUCCAAGCCGCAAGAGGAUGGUGGUUCUAUGCAUGUCGAUGCCCGUACAGGUGAACCAAUGGAAACGACGGCCCCAGAAAUACCUGCGACGACCACUUCGUGGUCUGAGGACGUGGAACGAGACUAG